AUGGCUACUCUGGGGAUUUCCGCCGGUAAAGGACGACGUCCUGCAGAAACGGCAGACAUGGCGCGAGUGGUGGCUCUGCGAAACCUAGCCCUGUCUCCCGAUGGAGAGCUAGCACUUUAUAGCCGUGCCGACCUCGCCGAGUCUGGGGACAGGAAGGAGCCUUCUCUCUGGCUCUUGGAUGUGUCGAAUGGAUCAUCUUCUGCACUCUCCACUGACCUCAGCAAAGCUCGGAGCCCAGCAUGGUCGCCUGAUGGCUCUCAAGUCGCCCUGCUUCUCAAGGAUAGCAACGACUUGGCCCAAAUCUACCUUCACUCAAUUCAUGAACAUACUACCAGGGCCCUCAGCAAUGCUCCAGGGGGGGUCAAUAGUUUUCUUUGGUCACCUGACAGUAGUCAUAUCGCGUUCCUCUCAACUACAGAAGACGAAGAAUUGGCACCACCACCUGGCGUCAAAAUUCAUACAAGGGCUGACUUUCGCUCCCAGGGUGAUGCGCCUGUGGUAUCGUCCAUAUGGGUCAUUGAGACAACUCAGAAGACUCAUCAACCUGAAGCGAAUCAGCUCGUCAAAAUGGAAGGAGACGUCGUGCUUUCCUUCUGGUCGCACAACAGCUCAGCAGUCUAUUACACCACACAGGAUACCUGCGAGCCGUACUAUGGGAACGGAAAAUCAUCGUUGCGAAGCGUGAACAUCAAGAGCGGAGAGAAGGAGCUGGCAAGGCCCUUGAAAGUUCCUGGCAAGGGAAUUGAUCUAGACUCUGCACCGAUUUUCGUACCUAGCCCCGAUGGCUCUCGACUCGCUUUUACACUCGGGAAUCCGGAUGCUCCUGAAGAGUUUGCUCAGCCAAAGUUAUAUCUCAUGGAACUCGAAAGCGGUAAGGCUGAAAUCGUAACCGACAACUACGAUCGUGAGAUCGGAGACGUCUUUCACUGGUUGGACAAUGAUCGAAUCGCCGCCAUCAAUUCUGAUUUUGGCAACGCAAAUAUUGUUGUGGUUGAUACGCGAAGCCACGAUGUCACGCCUCUUUGGACAGGAGACAGGGUCGUGAGUAACUUUGCAUACUCCGAGAAAAAGAUAUACCGCAUCACCGAUGGGGGAAACGCCGAGGCUCUUACUAGCGUCAACAGAUUCCUACGCGAGGAGCUUGAUCUAACGAAACCAGAGCAAAUAUCCUAUAAGGGACCCUCAGGGCUUAGAGUCCAUGGGUAUUUGUACAAGCCCCCUGCAUUUGAUGCGAGCCAUAUCUAUCCUCUGAUCACCUUAGCCCACGGUGGUCCCUAUGCCUGCUGGACGAGUGAAUAUAUGGCGGACGUGCAAGCAAUCACCGCGGCUGGCUACCUCGUCUUCCUACCUAAUCCGCGUGGAAGCGAAUCUUAUGGUCAGGAUUAUGCAAGCGCCCUCUCUGUCGGCUGGCCUGGACCCGAAUAUGAUGAUAUCAUGACCGGAAUAGAUUAUUUGGUAACGCGACCUUAUGUUAAUGGCAAGAAACUCGGUGUCUCAGGUGGCUCGGCGGGUGGCACCUUGACAGAUUGGGCCAUAACCCAUACUAGUCGUUUCGGAGCCGCUGUUUCGAUCAGCGAUAUUGCUGACUUCAACUUGUACUGGUUUCUUGGAGACCAACCGAGUAUGACUGGCCCUGAAUCCGAACCUUGGCUCGACGGACAAGAUAGGAAACACUCUCCCAUCACCUAUGCGAAAAACAUCACUACGCCAACACUCUUUCUAUCGGGAACUGAAGAUGCUAGAACACCAGCUGCUGUUGGAGGAGAGCAGCUGUUUAUGGCUAUGAAGCAAUUGCGCGUUCCCACGGCAUUUGUUCAGUUCGAAGGUGCUGGCCAUGGGCUUAGUGGAAGCUCUGACCCGAGACAUGCAGGUUUGGGAACUUCAUACUUGAUCAAGUGGAUGAACUUACACUUGGUUGGAAAGCCAGCUCCUGAGUUUGGCGUCAACUGCCCGGAGGUGUCGAGCUAA